GUGUCCACGGCCUCCGAGGCUGGUGCCCCUUUCUCCUCUUUCUCACCGUCCCCCUCUUUCCUUCCCACUCUCUGUUUUUCUCUCUCCCUCCCGUCCCAACCUCGCUCUGUCCCUGCCCCACCCCGUGGAUGUAACUCAUCCCUUCCCUGUAAUUCCACCCCCGGCUGGCUAGGCUGGGCUAGGCGGUGAACCCAUGUAUAUAAGGAGCUGCAAGUCGUCCUUCACCCCUGCAGUGUGAUCUUCCCCCACCAGGCACAGAGCAGGUUGCUGUCAGCAGGUGACAUCGGAGACAUGAAUCCCGCCUGGGUCCAGCACCUCAUUCUUCUGGGGACACUGCUGGGAGCUGGCUACACCAGUACCAAUACAACAGGUUCCUGGUGCUACAAAGACCCAAAAUGCGGUCCAGAGACAUGGGUGGCUCUCGGUUACUGUAAUGGCACCAGGCAGUCCCCGAUCAACAUCGUCACCUCUGAUACUGUCCACAAUCCUCACCUGGGGGUUGUGUCCCUCGCCGGCUAUGGGGAUGCCAGGAAGCUUAGCUCCAUGGAAAACAAGGGGACAACAGUGGACGUGCAUUUAGCGGAUGGGCUCCGUUUCAGUGCCCAGGGGCUCCCAGCAAUCUACACAGCCAAAUCCUUCCACCUGCACUGGGGCCAGAGGGCAGCUCAGACUGGCUCGGAGCAUUUCAUCAAUUACAAAGGAUUCUCCAUGGAGCUCCACAUUGUUCAUACCAAGAACAACCUGAGCAUGGCUGACGCCCUCAAGGAUCCCGAGGGAAUCGCUGUGCUGGCUUUCUUCCUCCAGGCAACAGCCCACGCACGCCCCUCCCACUCCUGGGAUUCCUUCACCCAACACUUGAAGAAGGUGGCUCUGAAGGGGAAGAAAACGGACCUGGACGGCUCCUUCUCCCUGUGGGGGCUCCUGGGCUCGGUGGACCUAGCCCGCUAUUACCGCUACCAGGGCUCCCUCACCACCCCCAACUGUGACGAAGUCGUGGUCUGGACUGUCUUCCCCGACCCCAUCCUGGUGCCUCCUGGUGUGGUGGGGGUGUUCCCCUCCAUCCUCAGCUCCACAGACUCAGAUGCUGGGCCCCAGCUACAGAACAACUACCGGCCUCUGCAGAGCCUUGGGAAUCACCAAGUGCAGGCCUCAGCAGCCCUCCGAGUCGCCCACAGCUCCUCUUCCACCCCACGGCCUGCAGCCUUGAUCCCUCUGCUCAUCAGUACCGCAGCAAUUGCCUGGCACCUAUAGAGGGACAGACCCAGACAC